AUGUUUGACGACCGUCAAUCCGGAGCCGACGGAAAAGGUUGCCGAGUGGCGCCGUCCAGAGCUCAUUUCCCAUUCUCCUCACUCGAGCUCACAUCAAACAGCUCUCGUGCAUUCGAAGGCUGUCCAAGAACACGCAAGCGCAACAUGUUCAGCAGUAGCAAGAUCGCCGCCGUGUGCCUCGCCGUCGUGGCGCUAACCAACAGCGCGUAUGCUGAGAAGGAGGCCGCCCAGACGUUCGGACUGCUUGGCGCUGGUCUGCACGGUGGUGCGGGACUCUAUGGAGCUGGCGCUGCCGGUCUUCACGGUGGAGCCGGCGUUGGUGCUGGUCUGUACGGUCGAGGUGCCGGCUAUGGUGGUGCUGGUGCUGGUCUGUACGGUCGAGGUGCUGGUGGCGUUGGUGCUGGGCUGUACGGUCGAGGCGCCGGAUAUGGUGGUGCUGGUGCUGGGCUGUUUGGUCGGGGAGCCGGCUACGGUGGCGCUGGUGCUGGGGUCGGAGCUGGCGUUGGCGGUGCGGGCGUCGGUAACGGAUACGGCGGUGCUGGUGUCGGAGGAACUACGGGUGUCGGUGCUGGUGUCGGAGGAACUACGGGUGUCGGUGCUGGUGCCGGUGUCGGAGGUGGUGUGAGUGGUAACGUCGGUGCUGGCGUGGGCGUGGGCGGUAAUGCUGCUGUCGGCGCUGGUGUGGGCUGGGCUGCGAACGGUGGAGUGAGUGCCAAUGCUGGUGUCGGCGCGGGAGUGAGUGGGAACACUGGUGCUGGAGUCGGAGGUGGAGCGAGUGGAGGUGCUAACGGUGGAGUGAGCGCCAAUGCUGGUGUCGGAGGUGGUGUCGGCGGAUCGGCCGGUGUGGGAGGAGCGGCAAGUACUGGUACGGGUGGAGCUACGACAACGAUGGACGGCAAAACUAGCACAUCUACUUCGCAGAACGGCGGGGCUAAGGCAACUGCAACUACCACGACUGCAGGCACGACCACCGGCACCGCCGGCACGGGUGCUUCGACGAAGCAGACAGGUUAUCGCAUGCUGCGGUCGCGCUCUUAG